CAUUUUUAACAUGCAUUGCCUUCAAAUUCAAUCUUAGAUUAUCAUCACUAGUAUUCUUAAGAUCUAAUCUUCCUCUCGCCUAUAUUAACACCCAUAAUCCUUCUCACUAAGUACAAAACAACUCCUAAUUUAAUUUCUUCAUAUUUACAAAAAAUGGCUUUCCAUAACUUUUUCAUUCUUACACUCUGCUUUUCUCUUUCACUUUCCAUCUUGGCAUCAUUACCAUCAUCAUCCCUAGCUGAUAAUUCUAAGGUCCCACCACAAACAAUCUGCGAGUCCACCGUAAACCCUCCCUUUUGCAAAACUCUACUUGCUAACCAAAACGGCACCGUAAUUGACUAUGGUCGUUUCUCCAUCCGAAAAUCCUUAUCCCAAUCCCGCAAAUUCUUAAACUUAGUACUUUCGUAUCUUCAAGAUAAAUCAUCUUUGUCACAACCAACAAUUUCAGCUCUUAAAGAUUGUCAAUUUCUAGCCCAACAAAAUUUCGAAUUCUUAUCAAACACUCAUCAAACUGCUAAUAAAACUAGCAAUGUUCUUCCCAUUUCUCAAGGCGAAGAAUUACAAACCUUGCUUAGUGCUGUUUUAACAAACCAACAAACUUGUUUAGAUGGUUUAGUUACUGCAUCUUCUGAUCAAACGGUGAUUAAUGAUUUUUCAUCAACAAUUUCCGAUGAUACAAAGAUUCAUAGUGUGUCCCUUGCUCUAUUUUUAAAGGGUUGGGUUGGUGACAAGAAAAAACAAACAUCAUGGCCACAAAAUGGAAGACAUUUGAAUUUUCACAACGGUCAUUUACCUUUCAAAAUGUCAGAUAAAGUGCGUGCUAUUUAUGAUUCAGCUAGAAAUCGACAUGGGCGAAAGUUACUUCAAACAAUUGAUGAAAGUGUUACUGUAAGUGAAAUUGUGAUUGUUAAUCAAGAUGGAAGUGGAAAUUUUACAACAAUUAAUGAUGCUAUAAACGUUGCACCAAAUAACACGGUUGCUAGUAGUGGUUACUUUCUGAUUUUUGUUACCGAGGGUAUUUAUCAAGAGUAUGUAUCUAUACCCAAAAACAAGAAGUACUUGAUGAUGGUUGGAGAUGGGAUUAAUCGAACGAUUAUCACUGGUGAUCAUAAUGUUAUUGAUGGUUCUACAACGUUCAAUUCAGCAACAUUUGCUGUGGUUGCACAAGGAUUCUUAGCGGUUAACAUGACAUUUCGCAACACGGCUGGACCAAGCAAACACCAAGCAGUCGCGGUAAGAAACGGAGCUGAUUUGUCCACCUUCUACAGCUGCAGCUUCGAAGGCUAUCAAGAUACUUUGUACACACAUUCCAUGAGGCAAUUUUAUCGCGAAUGUGACAUCUAUGGAACAGUUGACUUCAUAUUUGGAAAUGCUGCUGUUGUUUUACAAUCUUGCAACAUAUAUCCCCGACUUCCCAACAGUGGACAAUUCAACGCUAUAACCGCUCAAGGCCGAACGGAUCCAAAUCAAAACACAGGAACUUCUAUACAUAAUGCAACUAUAAAAGCUACUGAUGAUUUGGCUCCGUUGAUUGGUACAGUGAAAACAUACCUUGGUAGGCCAUGGAAAGAGUACUCAAGGACAGUUUAUAUGGAAUGUUUUAUGGAAAGUUUGAUAAAUCCUUCUGGUUGGCGUGAAUGGAGUGGGGAUUUUGCAUUAAGCACAUUAUAUUAUGCAGAGUAUAAUAAUACAGGACUUGGUUCAAAUACUAGUAUGAGAGUGAAUUGGAUUGGCUAUCAUCUUAUUAAUGCUACUGAUGCUGCUAAUUUUACAGUGGAUAACUUUUUGGAUGGGGAUAGUUGGUUGCCUCAAACUGGUGUUUCAUACUUGAGUGGAUUGAUCAUAUAAUUAAACAGAACAAGCUAGUCUAUAAAAAUAGAUCAGCAAAGAUUAUUAGUAAUUCCUUUAGUUCUAUUGUGUGUAAGUUUCUCAUUUCUCUUUCUCUAUUGUGUAAUUAUAAAUGAUUAAAUAAUAUGCAUUACAACUUUCUCAAUUC